AGAUCUGUCGGACCAAUGGGGAGCCAGCCGGGCCGAGUGGUGCGCGAGUCGGGUGACAGCGCCUGGCGCGGCCACGGGGGCCGAGAGGGGUCAGAGGUCAGGGCCCGGAGGCCGUGGCAGCCCCAUGUCGGCGGGGCUGGGCCGGGGCUGCCGCCGGCUGGCGCUGUGCUGGCCGCUCCGGGCCGGGCUGCGGACCCGGGCACACAGUCAGCAGGGAGAGCCGGGCAGCCUGGAAAUCAAACCCAAGACAACCCACGUUCCAAAGAUUUACACAAAAACAGGAGACAAAGGGUUGCUAGUGAAUUAAGCCAGGAAAGUGGCCACACGUUUGUCCAACAACUUCACAAAAUCCAGUGUAUGCUACAAGAUGUUGGCUCCAACAUUGCAACUCCUCUCUCCUCAGCCAGGGAGGCUCACUUAAAACGAACAUCCUUUAGUGAAAAGCCAGUGCUGGAGCUGGAGCAGUGGAUUGAUAAAUACUCAGACCAACUUCCACCUCUCACUGCUUUCAUUUUGCCUUCUGGAGGUAAAAGUAGUGCUGCUCUUCAUUUCUCCAGAGCAGUCUGCCGAAGAGCAGAGAGGCGUGUUGUUCCUUUAGUACAAGCAGGAGAGGCAGAUGCAAACGUGGCCAAAUACUUGAACAGACUUAGUGAUUUUCUCUUCGUUUUGGCACGUUAUGCUGCAAUGAAGGAAGGGAAGGAAGAGAAAAUAUAUACAAAAAGUGAACCAUAAAUUGGAGAUGAGACUGUACUUUCUAGAUCAUGAAAAGCUAAAUCCGGCCAAGUUUUUCCUUCUGCAGGCAAGGUGGAGAGGAGAGAAUGAGCAUGAAUUGAAAGUGUGAAUUGCCACCAAUUCCCCACAAUAAAAUCAUUCAGGAACUUGUUUAUAACACUGUAGAAAUCAUGCAGCCCUUCUGUAAAACUAACCACCUCUGAGCUAGCGUCCAGAUCAAAGUGUCAGAUUCUGAAUUGUUUUCGAAACUGCUUCACAUUGUGUUUGACUCAGGCUGGGGUGUGAGCUAGGAGGCUUCAAAAGCUUCAGAAAAACAAUACCAUCUUUACAAAUACAGUUUAAUGCUCAGAGCAGUGGCAGCUGUGAUUGAAAGAUCUCUGAUGAAAGGAAGAAAGCAUUUAGCUGCUGCACAGAUUCAGGAGCCCAGUCCAAAAGCUCUGAAAAAUAAAUGUGAUUUACUUACGCCAAA